CUGGGCUCCCCUGGGCUUCCCGGAACUUCCGCGAUAAUUCGUGCGUGUCCGCGAAAGUCGCCCUCGAGUGUUUACGUCGCGAACUCGAUGGCCGCGCUUUUCUCACCGCACUACUGCGUCGCCGAGUAUUGCAUUAUUAAACGAUGGACUGUUGGGGUCUGAAAACAAUUCCGUUUUCUUGGAUGGACCGAGUGCCACGUCGAUCCGAGGACCUGGCUCUGUCGGGAUGUCGAGAUUAGGCAGCAAACUUUCAACGAAGGGCCCAAGGCUGUAAAGUACACAAGGGACAGGAUGCUGGAGAGGUACAACCAGCUUCGCCAGGACUUCCUCGGCGUGGCUGGGCCCCUGGUUGACAGCGACAUCCUGGAUCAGCUGAAGCUCAAUUAUACGCACGAUAUCGACUCGAGGCGUAAACUGAGCCGGAUAAAGGACCUCGGGGCAUUCAUAAGAUUGCUGGAGAAGCGGAACAUUGUGAGCUACAGCGACAUAGAGCCGCUGUGGUUCAUAGCGAAGAAGUAUAUUCACAGGCCUGACUUGGACAGCAAGCUGGAAGAUUACGAAAGUUGGCUCAAGACCGCGCCGUUGUUAUGCGACGCGUAUCGGAGCGAUGAGACCUUCGUACCAACCUCCGAGUCCACAGGCUCGACGUGCAGUUCUGCGCAUAACGCACCACAGACGUCAACGGGAAGCUCGGCCAAGUCAUUCGCCAUUAGUACGCAAACGUUACAUUGUAAUUCCGAACACGAGGAGCUAUGUGGUCUUCAUAGAAGAAAAUUGUUACAAGAGACAGUGUUGCUGCAAAUCAAAGAUAGGCUGGGUCGAUCCUGGAAAGACGUAGCUAGACAUUUGGGUAUUAGGGAAUGCGAAAUUGACGCCGUGUGCAGUAAAUAUCCUUACGACUUGAAGGAGCAAAGCUACGAAAUUCUGAAAAUUUAUAUGUCGCAAUCCAGCACGGAGCAGUGGGCCAUAAAUUUGAUACGCGCCUUGGAAAAGGGAAGACGGAGAGACUUGAGGGAACUUGUAGAGGAAUUAAUAUUGAAAGAUAGGAAUAUACGAUAUUAAUACCAAGGUCUUCGACACGCCAAAGUCUUCCGUUGGAGCCGAAUUUGUACCUUACCUCCUUCGUUAACCGAACGUGAUAUAGUUUGAUAGACGACGAAAGAAAUUCGAUAGUAUAUCGAAAAAGAUAGUUUAAUAUAUAUACAAGUAAUAGGUGAUACAAAUAAAAGUACGGAAACGCUAUUUCGAUAUUCAUAAGAAAGGUAUAAUUGCAAUAGCGUCUUACGAUUAGUAUUGUACAGAAGCUUUACAAGAGAUUACAAGGAUUUAUUCUGUUGAGAAAUAAGGUGCACAAAUUACAUGGGAACAUACAAAUUUAUCCUAGCGGCACAGUCGUGCUCGAUCGGCCACGAAAAUAAGAUACAGCAGCCCGCGCGCAUCUCUCAUAAAUUAUAUCAGUAAACUAUACACGCUUUGCCCCUUAAACUAAAGUCUCUACAUUAAUAAUGUGUCCACCUAUUUCGCUUCAAUAUGAUUUAUUGAUUGAUCUUCACUUCGUCUCGGUCGUUAAUACGGAAACAUAACUACAACGACGACAUAACAUGCUUUUGAGAACAAAAUUUUAUUUUUUUCCUUCAACAUAAUGCAAAGAUAUAUUUUCACACAAUUUACUGAACAACUCAGGGGUGAUAUCAAUAAAUUUAGCGAUAUAUUUAAAGUG